UUCAGUAAACGGCGCAAUGACAAAUAAGAAUAAAUCAAAUAUUGACGGUAGUAUAUCGAAUUAUUAUCAAAGUCUGAUAUUAUUACGUAGGAAUAUAAAUUAUUUGGUUUUAUUUGUCGGUUAUGUGAUGCCAAUAAGCAGCAAUAAUUUAAAGUCACCGGGAACAAAAUUGACUUUUAAUUUAUGUGGAAAAUCAGCAGCAUUACAUGCUGAUGAUGUUGAUCAAGAUGAUGGUCAAUUUUUUACAAUAGCACCAGCAUUGCCAAUAUUACCAGGUGUUUUAACACCAUCAAAACUUACCAAAAGAUCAUUUAGUUCAUUAACAAGUCAAUCAAGUUCAACACUUGGUUUGGAAGAUGUUGAAAUUGGUGGAUGUGAUGUUGUUGCACUUCAACAAAAUGGUGAAAAUAAAACAACGGUUGUGGCAACAAGAACACCAGCAGAAAGAGAAAAAAAUCCCGAUCGAAUUUGUCUGGAUAGACGUGGUCUUACGACCUUUCCAAAUAUUACUGGUGAACCCAAGCUACGGUUGAUGUCACUUCAACACAAUCUUCUAUCACGAAUUGAAGGCCAAGAUUUUGUUCAAUUAACAAAAUUAGUUUUUCUCGAUCUCUAUGAUAAUCAGAUAGAAAGAAUUUUAGAUUUAACUCCUUUAGAAAAUCUGAGGGUUUUAUUGAUUGGAAAGAAUAGAAUUAAAAAAAUAGAAGGGCUCAAAUCAUUGAUCAAGCUAGAAGUUCUAGACCUCCAUGGCAAUCAGAUUGUCCAGGUGUCGGGAUUAGAGAAUUUAACAUCACUAAAAGUUCUUAAUUUAGCUGGAAAUAAUGUCAAGAUGAUAGGAUUUAAUGAUUUCCAUGGACUGACAUCAUUGAAGGAACUUAAUUUAAAGAGAAAUAAAAUAAAAAAGCUACUUGGUUUUAACGAAACUCCACAGCUACAAAAAUUGUACCUGAGUAAUAAUGAUAUUCAUAAAAUUGAAGAUAUGGGAAGCUUAGCAAAGGCUUUGGAAAUUCGAGAAAUCACCAUUGAUGGAAAUCCUGUUACUUUAAAUGCAGAUUGUAUAUCUUUUUUAGUAUCUUAUCUACCAAAUCUUCAAGUUCUAUCAACAAUGCAAGUCAAUGAACAAGUGAGAAGAGCAGCAAUGGCUUGGAGAACAAAUAAAGAACAAUCAAAUUCAGCUUUUUUGGAUUUAAGUACCCAAGUAUGUGUCAAUGUUAGACGUGAAGAAGUUAUAAUAAAUGCUAAAAAAAAUUGGCAACUAUUACGAUCACAAACGAAAAGUCUCUCUAGUAAAAUGAAUAAUCAAAAGAAUGAAAAAGUACGGGAUUAUAAUUUACAAAAUUCAAGUAAAUUUGAUACAGUUAAAUUUAAAGGUGGAUUUGAUGAGAAACUGAUGAAUUCGGCAUCAUUGACAUCAAUUAAUGAGAAGGAAGUGAAAAAAAUUCAGUUCAAAAAACGAAGUAAUUCUACUGAUGCUUUACUUCAAUUAGAUCAUUCGAAUAAAAUUAAUUUAGCAUUAGAUUUUAAACUGCCACCAAUUUUAGUACCAAUUAUUAAUAAUAUUACAAGUUGUAAGAUAAAUAGUAGCAGUAGUAAUAGUAGUACAACUAAUUUAGGAAGUAUAAAAAAUAGUUUAAAUGUAGAUAGUAUGGAUACCACCACUGACAGUGAAUUUGAUAGUUCAGAGAGUCAUGAGAGUCUUAAAAGUGGACUGAGAAAUCACUUGAUUAAUACCAAUUCUCGUAGCCAGUCUGUUGAUAAUGAUAACAAGAGUGUUUAUAAUUUUUCUAAUAUUCCUCAGCACCAGUUGAGUCUAUUUAAAAAUCAUGAAAUAAUUAAAGCUAACAAUAAUAGUAAUAAUGAUAGUGAAAGUGUAGAAAAUAAUGUGAAGAAAUUAAUUAAUAAUAAUAAUCAAAGUCAAUCGAGAAUCAAGCUAGGACUUUCAACAGGGAAUUUGUGCAAUUUGAAGACAGGAAGUUUGGAUAGUAAUAGUAAGAUUAUGAGUCAAGCAGAAAGUUCCAAGUCUUCGGAUAAUUAUAAUGAUUCUGAGGAUGAGAAGAGUAGAGUAAAGAGUGCACAAAUAAAAAAAAUUGUUCAUUAUAGAAGUAAUAGAGCUGCCACUGCCAGAGCUAAACACCGAGCUGUCGUUACUCAGCCUCCUUUGAUUCAAUUUACAGUUCCAAAAGAAAAAGAACAAGGAGGAGAUUAUUUGAUAGAAAUUGUCGGCCAUUGUUUAAAUAUUUAUGGACAAGGAGCUUUAAGAUUUAUUGAUAGAUCUUGGGAUGUAGUAAAAGCUAAUGAUGUUAAUACUGUUAAAUUUAAUUACGUUCAAUUCAAUGGAAUAGCAACAAUUCUUAGCAAAAUAAAAAUAAAAUUCCCUAAUGUGCAGCAUUAUAUUUUUAAAGAAACUAAUAUCAGUCAUCUAGGACAGAUAAAUGCUCUUGCUGAAGUUCAAGGUUUAAAAAGUAUCCAAAUUGAUGCUGAAGGGAAUCCAAUUAUUUCUAAAGACUGGAAAGUUUAUGCUAUUUUUCGACUUUAUCAUUGGGGCUUGAAGAUGAUUAAUGGCAAAGAGAUAACUGAUGAUGAUGUUGAAGCAGCAAACAAGGAAUAUUCAGGAUUGACUGACAUUGUUAUGUGGUCGUUACCAGAGACAUUAUUACAACCUUUAUUGCAAAGACUUGACUUGGAAAAGGUCCAGAGGCAGAAUGGCGAACAAAUUACUGCCAAGCAAUUUUUAUUUACCAGUGAUCCAGCAUUGAGAGAUGUUGUUGCUAAAGAAGCUUUACAAUGGCGAAGAGGUAAUGUGACUCAAGAUGAUUUAAUUUCAAGACACAAAGGUAAAGUUUAUUUAUCAAAUUUUAUUGAUCAGACAGUAGAUGCAAUACAAAAGUUGCAAUUACUUGAAGAUGAAUGGCCAAAUAUUUUGCAUGAAAUUGUUUCUCAAACAUUAACGGAUUACUCCAAUAUGAAUUUAUAUAUGAAGGAACAAAGCAAAAUACUCGAAUCAAAGUGAUAAUUAAUAAUUAAUAGAUUAUAUAAAAUAUAAUUAAUAAAUAA